CAAAUUUCCAGAGCAACGCUCGCUUUUGCCCCCAGCCAGCCAGCUUGAUGCCUGGCUCUGCCUGUGGCUCUUCGAAUUGGAAGAGACCCGAACGGGGCACAGGAGAGGGCUCCAUCGUCCAUGUGUCCAUGAUUUGCUUGAUUUGCUUGGACGGCUGAGAAAAUCAUCUAAACCCUUUCAAUCAAUCCACCAGGAGUUAGAAGAGACCAUUUGGCUUUGACUCCUUGACUCCUUGACUCCUUGACUCCAUCCCCGACCUCUUGACUUUUCCACUUUCUUCUGUAUUCUCCUGGUUCCCACGUUUUCCACCAGCUACCAGAAGAACUUCACUGUACGGCUGCUCCCACACUCCCGCUUCGCCCACACUUCAACCCCCCCUCCCCCGCGCCCUUCCGCCCACCGCCGCAACUGCACCGCACAGCCCUUGAGCCGACCUGCCAAAAAAAAAAAAGGUGUACCUUGACGCCCGGUACCUGCCGCCAGUCUAUUCACCUAUUUUUGCCUUGAUGCCGCUGCAUUGAUACAAAGGGUGCAGCUUGCUAAAAGUCACCAGCAUCUUUUUUGUUGCUGUCUUUUGUGACUGGGUCCAACGGCAGAAUUACUGUAUAACAAUCAGGGCCUUGGGUGAGACGAUUUUUAGUGUUAAGCCACUGCGGAACCCACUGCAAAUGAAGUUUUUCUCCAAAAUCUCGAAGAAGCCCAACUCCCCGGACGAGGAGGAACCGUACGCUUACGAGGAUCUUCCUCCAAACUACGAAACCGUCAUCCAAGAGUCCCAACAGCAGCAGCAGCAGCAGCAGCAGCAGCACCCUCCCUCGCCCACAAAGGCGCCCACUCCCAAAACAUCCUCAUCCCGGUCCCCGACCAAAAAGUCACACCGGUCGACGUCGCCGCCCACGCGCGAGUCAAAGCCGCCUUCUUCAUCUUCUUCAUCCUCGAGACCCUCCCGCUCUUCUGCCCGGCACGCAACCGACCCCAUCUCUUCGUCGUCCUUCCGCCGCAAGAAAAUCGACCCCGAAGAGCAUCCCCUCAACCUGCCUCCCGAGGUGCGCAACAAGCGUUUUUCCGAGCUGUCUGGCCUGAGCGAAAGAAAAUCAAUGGACGUCGAAAAAGACCCCGUGAAUGGCGGCGCCGCUGCGGCUGCCUCUGGCCAGCAGAAGCCCACCGCUUUUCCUCACACCAACUCUUUCACGGUGCCUUUGAGCAACGGUACAGACGCCUCAGCAAACGGUGCUGCCACUCCGGCUGACGAGGCCGUCCCCGCUCCCCCGCCUCACCGGUCGUCGCCUUCCAGCCCCGUGCAAUCAGAGGCUGAGCAGGCAGAGUCUUUCAAGAACGAUGGCAACAAGUUUUUCAAGGCCGGCGAUUACAAGCAUGCUAUUGAGUUCUAUACCAAAGCUGUCGUUCUUCAGCCAAACUCGGCGACCUACCUGGGCAACCGGGCUGCUGCUUUUAUGUCUGCGUGCAGAUGGACUGAGGCUUUGCAAGACUGCAAGAAGGCCGUUGAGUUGGACCCUCACAACAUCAAGAUUUUGUUGCGCUUGGCUCGUAUCUACACCAGCACCGGCCAGCCAGAGGAGGCUAUCGCUACCUUCAGCCGGAUCCAGCCAGCACCAUCAGCCAAGGACACGGCCCCGGCCAAGGAGAUGCUCCGUCAUAUCAGAGCUGCUCAAUCAGCGCUCAGGGAUGGCACCGCCGCCUCUAUGGUUUUGCACCCUCUGGACAUGGCCGAAAAGUUGCUUGGUAUGGGCGCUCUGAAGCCAAGAAAGUGGCAACUGAUGCGCGGUGAGGCCCUUCUCAAGAUGGGCGACGUCAACUCUCUCGGUGAGGCCCAGAACAUCGCCAUGUCCCUGCUCCGCAACAACAGCCGGGAUCCUGAGGCUCUUGUUCUGCGUGGACGUGCUUUGUAUGCCACUGGCGAGAACGACAAGGCUGUCCAGCAUUUCCGGCAGGCGCUUAACUGCGAUCCCGACUUCAGGGACGCUAUCAAGUGGCUCCGUGUGGUCCAGAAACUCGACAGGAUGAAGGAGGAGGGUAACAGCGAGUACAAGGCCGGCAGGUGGCAGUCUGCUUUCGAUCUCUACACCAAGGCUUUGGAGGUUGACCCCGCCAACAAGGGCACCAACUCCAAGCUGUACCAAAACCGGGCAUUGUGCCGUAUCAAGCUCAAGCAGUACGAUGAGGCCAUUGCCGACUGUGAGAAGGCUGUCAGCCUCGACCCUUCGUAUCUGAAGGCUCGCAAGACCAAGGCCAACGCUUUGGGGCUGGCCGAGAAGUGGGAGGCGGCUGUCCGGGAAUGGAAGGCGAUCCACGAGCUCGAUCCCGAGGACAGAACAGUUGCCAAGGAGGUUAGGAGAGCCGAGCUGGAGCUCAAGAAGUCGCUGCGCAAGGAUUACUACAAGAUUUUGGGGAUCGAGAAGACGGCAACCGAACAAGAGAUCAAGAAGGCGUACCGCAAGCUCGCCAUUGUUCACCAUCCUGACAAGAACCCUGGAGAUGCGCAAGCCGAGGCUCGCUUCAAGGACAUCAGCGAGGCUUACGAGAACUUGAGUGAUCCUCAGAAGCGUGAGCGUUAUGACAGCGGCGUUGACCUGCAAGAUCCGGCUGACAUGUUCGGCGGUGGCGGCGGUAUGCACGGCGGCAUUGACCCCGAGAUUCUCUUCUCCAUGAUGGGCGGUGGUGGUCCCUUUGGAGGCGGCAGCGGUGGUGGCUUCCCAGGUGGUGGCUUCGCUUUCAACGGCGGUGGCGGUCAACCUCGCGGAGGCAGAGGUGGAUUCCCGCACCACUUUCAGUACUCUUGACAGCCCAACGAGCGAGACGCUGCCGACACCGGGAGCGAAGAUGAUGGUGACGAGAAACAAGACAGCAGACAUACGAAUGAAGCAGAGGCGAGCGGCGUCAAGGCGGCGUGGAGGGCCGAGGCCGACGACGAACAGGAUAGGUGGAUUGAAAAGCUGCGCCAGAUUGGGCUCUUUGGAAUGGCUGCUGUUGUGCUUCUCCCCCCGGAGCUCUUGCCUGUGCUCCUGAUCACGGCUGCAGUGUUGUACAUGUGUACGAUUAUGGUCAGGCGAUACAUGGAAGCACAGUGAGGAGCCGGGGGACUAGACAGGUGAAAUGAAUCCGGGGUGCUGCUGUUCUCGCCAUCGGUUAAAAGAUUGGGUCUAACGGUUUUCUUUUUCUCGUCGUUUUUCUCGGGGGUGGGAGGGGGGCAUAGACUACCGGUCUGUUUCAUAUACUAUCACAACAUCAUCAUCAUCAUCAUCAUCAUCAUCAUUGGAGGAAGGCGUUCCCGAUGGCAUUUUAUCAUGAGUUUUUCCUUUUUGACGGUUUCCUCUCAUGGCGUGUGAACUCUUUGCUCUCGAUACCUCGUUUCAGCAUAGUACUGCAGAUAGAUAGGGUAGACAGGGCAGCUUGUAUGCUUGUGAUCUUGGCUAUGAUGAUGAAGCAGAUCAGCGUUUAUUGAGUUUAUUUUGAAGUUCAACUUGUGCGACAGCGUAGUGUACUGGUACUGGCUCUAAAAUGGCUCGAAUAGGAAAGGAAUAUGAAUAUAAUAAUCAUCAUGAUUAU